AUGCCUACUGCUCGCGAAAGACUAGCGGAGCUGCGGGCUCUCCGUGCCUCCGGAAAGAAGCGUAUCGAUACAUACGAGGUAGAGGAUCAGGGAGAUAUCUACGACGAGGUUGAUGAUGAGGGCUACAAGAAGGUUAUUCGGAAUCGACUUGAUCAGGACGAUUUUGUCGUCGACGACAACGGCGCAGGAUAUGCGGACGACGGCCGAGAAGUCUGGAAUGAAGGUGUACCACAAUACGACAGUGAUAGUGACGAGGACGUGGAAUUGCCAGUGAGGGGCAAGGCGGCUAAGAGGAAACAUGACGAGGAGGAGCAGAGGAAAGAGAAAGUCAACAAUGGGAUUUCAAAAUAUUUUAAGAGCGGUGCUGCGUCUGCUCCAAAGCCAAAACCCGUUGCUACCGCUGAGGACGACUCUUUUAUGGCCGGACUCCUUAACGAGGUCGAUACGAACGUUGUAUCGAAUCAUGUGCCCACGCAUAAUGUGAUCAAAUCAGAAGCUCGACGAAAAGUUCGCAUCCUCUCACCACCGGUAUCCCAGAAACCGCCCGUUGAGAAACACGAGAAGAAAGACGAGAAUGCUGGUCCAAUAUCGCCUGUCAGACAUGAGCCUCCGGCUGAUAUUGACGACGACGACGGACCGCUUCCCCAGGCCGACGACGACGAUGUUCCGAUGAGUGAUCCCAUGCCAUCGUCUCCCAUAACCAAGGCCAUUGAGCGAAAGACAACUAUUCCGAUCAAAGAAGAGUUUGACGAUGAUGAUGACAACGAUCUGAUGGAAGUGGCAGAGGCCACGGGUGACAACGAGAACAAAACUAGCAGUAUUAAUAUGAUCGGUAGCCGGCUGCCUCCCAAGAUCAAGCAGGAAAACUACCCGACCCCUGCAAGCUCUUCUCCCCUCAAACCUGCCCCCGAUACUGUGAGCCCUACGUGGAAUGACGUGAGGAGCAAGCUGAAUGUCCUUAGCAGCCCAGGAGGACCAGGACCAGAGAUGAGAACUUUCGGCAAGCUUCAAGCUCAGGAUGCAGUCGAAGAAGAUGGAAGUUUACGCAUGUUCUGGAUCGAUUUCACGGAAAUCAACGGCAACCUGUGCUUGUUUGGCAAGGUAAGGAACAAGCAGACUGGCGCCUUCGUGAGUGCAUUCGUCAAGGUCAACAACGUCUUGCGGAAACUUUACUUCCUUCCGCGAGAACACCGACAGAAGCACGGAAGGGAGACGGAUGAAGAAGUCGAUAUGAAAGACGUCUAUGAGGAAGUGGAUGAAAUGAUGUCGAGACUCAAGGUUGGAAUGCAUAAGAUCAAGCCGUGCACGCGAAAAUACGCAUUUGAACUGUCAGAUGUUCCAAAGGAAACAGAGUAUCUGAAACUGCUCUACCCUUACGACAAGCCCACCCUGCCAAUGGAUGUCAAGGGAGAGACAUUCUCACGUGUAUUUGGAACCAACACGUCUCUCUUUGAGCAGUUCGUUUUGUGGAAGAACAUCAUGGGUCCUUGCUGGUUGCAGAUUAAUGAGGCAGACUACUCUGCCGUCAACAAUGCAUCUUGGUGUAAAUUCGAAUGUCAGGUCUCGAACCCGGCAUCUAUAAACCCUGUCCCGGAAACUGAGAACCUCGAAGCGCCACCACUCACGUUGAUGAGUCUUUCGUUCAGAACGCAACUCAACGUGAAGGAGAACAAGCAAGAAAUCCUCGUUGCAAGUGCCCGGGUCUACGAGAACAUCGCGAUCACAGACACCACACCUCCCGAGAAAAUGCCCUGCAAAACAUUUACUGUCAUGCGUCCACCUGGCUCGACAUAUCCUCUUGGCUUCGAAGCUGAGACAAAGAGGCAGCGUGGUACUUUCAUGUUGGAAAAGAGCGAGCAGUUCCUGCUCAGUAAAUUCCUGGCCUUGUUCGAGAGAAUGGACCCCGACGUUAUCAUGGGGCACCAGCUGCAGGAGGUUGACCUCAGUAUUCUGCUGAGCAGACUAAAAGAAAAGAAAACGCCUGGUUGGCAUCGUCUCGGACGAUUAAAGCGUGGAGAAUGGCCCAAGAACUUCAACCGGGGUGGCGGGUUUUUCGCUGAGAGGCACCUAAUCGCUGGGCGGUUGAUGUGUGAUGUAGCUAAUGACAUGGGCAAGUCUUUGAUGAUGAAAUGUCAAUCGUGGAGCUUGACCGAGAUGUGUGAACUUUACCUUGGUCAGAGCAAUUUGCGCCAGGAAUUGGACCACGAGGCAGCACUGAAGACGUGGGCCACUUCCAAAGAAGGCUUAAUGAACUUCGUAAACCAUUGCGACACAGACACUUACUUCAUCGCUGCACUUGUGUUGCGUCUUCAGAUGCUUUCCUUAACCAAAGUUCUCACGAACAUCGCCGGUAACUCCUGGGCUCGAACUCUCAGCGGUACGCGUGCGGAGCGUAACGAGUACAUUCUGCUUCACGAAUUCCACCGAAACAAGUAUAUUUGCCCUGACAAGUAUGCGUCCAAACUGCAGAAGGCAGAAGAGAAGAUGCAGGAGGGCGACGAAGACGAAUCAGUCGACAAGAAGAAGAAAGACAAGUACAAGGGAGGUCUCGUCUUCGAACCGGAGAAGGGCCUUUACGACCGUUUCAUCCUUGUCAUGGACUUCAACAGUUUGUAUCCCAGUAUUAUCCAGGAGUACAACAUCUGCUUCACGACGGUUGAGCGGACGGCAACUGCUGAAAAUGAAAACGACGAAAAAGUACCCGAAGUACCUCCCUCAGACCAGGACCAGGGUAUUCUGCCUCGGUUGAUUGCCACCCUUGUUGGUCGUCGACGUGAAGUGAAGAAGCUCAUGAAAGACAAACGCGCCACACCUGAACAGCUUGCUCUGUGGGAUACCAAGCAGCUGGCGUUCAAGCUGACUGCCAACUCCAUGUACGGAUGUUUGGGUUACACCCAGAGUCGAUUCUACGCUCGUCCCCUGGCCAUGCUUACCACAUUCAAGGGUCGUGAGAUUCUCCGGAGCACCAAGGAGCUGGCCGAAAGCAGGCAACUCAGAGUCAUCUAUGGUGAUACUGACUCUGUCAUGAUCAACACUAACAUGGACACUGUCAGCGAUGCUCUCAAGGUCGGUGAGGAGUUCAAGAAGUCGGUUAACGAACGAUACCGGCUCCUGGAGAUCGAUAUUGAUAACAUCUUCCGUCGACUCUUGCUACAUGCUAAGAAGAAGUAUGCAGCCAUCAACAUGACUGAAGUGGAUGGCAAGUAUGUGGACAAGCUGGAAGUCAAGGGUCUCGACAUGAGGAGACGUGAGUAUUGUGCUCUGUCCAAGGAAGUUUCGCAAAGACUUCUGAAUGAGGUCCUUUCGGGUGAAGAUCAAGAGCUGGUUCUCAACCGGGUCCAUGACUACCUACGCGACCUCGCCGCCAAAAUGCACGACUACUCGAUUCAUGUCCAGAAAUACGUUAUCUACACUAAACUUUCGAAGCGGCCAGAGGAAUACCCGAACAAAGAAAGCAUGCCUCCAGCUCAAGUCGCGCUACGUGAACUCGCACGUGGUAAAACGGUCCGUCCCAACGAUGUCAUCUCGUACAUUGUGACGAAUGGAGAUGCGGAAACUGCUUCCCUUGCCCCGGCGAAGCGAUCGUAUACCCUUCAAGACGUGGUCAAACCCGAUUCGGGGUUGAAGCCGGACAUUGAAUUUUACCUCCUCAAGCAGAUCUUCCCUCCCAUUGAGCGUCUCUGUGCCCCUAUUCCAGGCACAGACGCCGUCCGACUGGCUGAAUGCUUGGGGCUCGAUGUUCGCAAGUAUCAAAUCAACAAUACUUCCAGUGGCGGUAACCAGCAGAACAUGGACAUUUUCCCAUUGGAGUCGCAAAUCCCAGACUCUGUCCGUUUCGAGAAUGCCGUUCGCUUCACCUUGACAUGUCGAUCCUGCAAGGAGAGGUCGGUGUUCGAAGGGCUAGGAGCUUCAUCCGGCAUGUGCACUCCCCACGGUCUCAUCUGCCCGAACCAAGGUUGUCAGAAGCCGUUCCCAGUUUUGACAAUCGUUGCACAACUGGAGAGCCAAAUCCGAGCGCAAACUUCCAAGUACUACGAAGGAUGGCUCAUUUGCGACGAUUCCGCUUGUGGCAACCAUACACGGCAAAUCAGCGUCUAUGGACACCGAUGCCUUGGGCCACGGGGCCAUGCUGAAGGCUGCCUAGGACGAAUGACUUACGAAUACACGGAGAAGCAACUGUAUAACCAGCUGCUCUACUUUGCUGGUCUCUUCGAUGUGGACAAAAUCAAGGCUGCGGCCGCAAAAGAGACUGGGGAGAAGAAAGAUAGUCUGGCGGCUCUGGUUGAAUUCAACCGGACGCGAUUCGAUACCAUCAAGAGCGUGGUGGAUGGUUAUCUGAAGAAGUGCGGACGGCAAUGGGUCGAGAUGGACAGUCUGUUCCGCUUCAUGCUUUAG